AUGAGUUUCGCUAUUCAAUCUCGAGGCAUCAUAGCCUGCAGCCUUCGACCUUCGACCUUCGACCAAAGCCAAUCGCCAUUUCAACAGUCUCUUUUCACAUCCCUUUCCAAGCAGUACACAAUACUUAGCACUUUGUUCGCUCCAAAUCUUGCAAUGGCUUCCUCGAGCAUCUUCUAUCUAGGUGAUAUCAUCCUCGUCAACCUCCCGGGGGAUAACACCAAAUGCUUCGGAACGACCGUGAAGAACGAGAAUUGCGACAGCCGCCUCGGCAAAGACAAGAGGCAAGCUGCGAAAAAGAUUCUCCAACAUGCUAUUGCAUACGAAGACCUCAGCGGCGGUCUAGCCAAGGAAGAGAUCAAGGACCUUGCGCAGAUUCUUGUCAAAUGCAAACAUGAUGCAAAGUGCCGAGAAAAGCUCCAAAAUAAAUGGCUCAGUCUUUUUGAAAAGCACCGUAAGAAUCAGAUGGCUACACAGCAGCAGCCUCUUGAUACGGAAGCUACUCCACCGUUGCCAAUCACUCCCGAAGACAUCGAAACCAGUGAUAUUACUGAGCCCUCGACUGUUCAAGACCCCAUCACCAAGGGGCAAGUUGCCUACCCCGUCCUACGUAUCCCGGAUCCCGAAGAGUCAACGACAGAGGUUCCAGAGAGACUAGAGGUUCUGCCGCUAGUUUCCUUGCGGAGUGCUCCAGAGAGUUUACCCGCUUACCACCCCACGAUCCACGAGGAUCUCCCCAUUAGCCUGUCUUCAAAUUGGAUACUCUCUUACAUGAUUGGUUUCGUCAUGCAAAUAGGCAAGAAUGUUCUCGCUAUGAUGUUCGUGCGAUUCGGCAGUGUCUCCACACAAGAUCAGGCCGGUCGGAUCACGAAACCAGUGACUCAUCUCAAGUUCCUGCUUGGUUUUGAUUUUACGAUCAGAAAUUCGAGGCUCGGGAUCUGCAUGUAUACUUUGGUACUUCUUGCGCUGUUUCGAUUGUUUUUCUCUGUGUUAUGGCCUUUGUCGGGGUAUGUUGUAGGAGGAUAUUUCGUUCUCUUGGCGGUAUCGGGGGCAUGGAAUCGAAAAGUGGCCAUUGAGGAAUGA